AUGACCUCCCGGAGCCCUCGCCUCUCUUUCGUUCCCUUCCUCGUUUGCUUCGUUAUCUUCCUCUCUUUCGCUCUGUUCCACUUCAGUGUUCUUCGUACAUCCUCGCACAGGCGCGCUCAUCGGAGCAGCGUCUCUCUGCUGCAGAAGCUCUACCAGAACAGCGACGAGAAGACAUACAAUCAUGCGAGGCUGAUGAUGAACCAGGCGCUGCAUCGAGCAAGAGACUUCGCUAAGAAAGCUGACGAGGAGAAGCUGCUUGAGGGCAACGACGACAGGCUGCAUGCGAAGUUGGUCAAGAUCGCUCGUGACCGGGCAGAGACGCUGGAGGAGGACGAUGAGAAGGCGAGAAGGAUCGAGAAUGUUGCCAAUCGGCUGGAGAGAUCGCUGCUGGCGACAUCCCAGGUGGUGAAUCUGCAUGAAGACAGGCUGGAGUCGCUCAUGGCGGAGGAGAGGAGGGCGAAGAAGAAAGCGAGGAGCGAGCAGGACGGGGCGAAUGAAUUGUCAGCGUCCCUGAGCGUGAUGAAGGGGUCGGUGAAGAAGCUGGAACAGCACGUGGAAAAGCUGAAGAGAAACCUCAAGGAGGACGAGGGGGCUUCGAAGAAGACAGGAGCUCUCGCUGAUCUCAGCAAACUUGUGAAUCGAUUCUCGAGCAAGCAGGAGGAGGAGGUGAAGGAGGAGGAGAAGGCGAAGCGAGGAGCGACGAAGGCGGACAAGAGAGCAAAGGACAAGCAGGAAGAGGCCCUCAAGCUGCAGGGGCAGGUCGACAAGAUCCAGAAACAGCUUGUCGAGAUGGGAUGCAAGAAGCCUUCGGACGGAAGCGGAGGAGCGAAGGGAUCGAAGUGCAAUCGAGAAAAGGAGGUGGACUUGUUGGACGAGAUGAAGACGAUGAAGCGGCAGAUCAAAGUGCUGGAGGAGGAGGUUCUGUUCGAGAAGAAGCAACGACAGGUCAUGCUGCAUGCAGCGGCUCUGCAACACAAGCUCGGGGAGGUGGACAAGUACCGGAAGCUGGAGUACCAGAGCAAGCUGCAUGCUGCGAAGACGCGGCUGCAGCAGCUGAGGAAAGACAUCGACGUGGGGCCUGAGGAAGAGAAGGCUGCAGAGCUGAACCUGAAGCUGGCAGAGCAGGCGGAGGAGCGAGUGAAGGAGAGGCUGAAGCUCGCGAAGAUGAAGAUCAAGACGUAUGAGGAGGAAGAGAAGAAAAGUUCCGUGUUGUCGAAAGUUCAGAGCAAAGAGAUUCACAAGCUUUCUGGCCUUGAGGCGUCGCAACAGCGUGCGGUUCAGGUGGGAAGGAAGGCAGAGGAGGAGGAGCGGAGGAUAGUCUCAGCUCAGUCAAGGCAAGUGCAGAAUGUGCUCGAACAGGCCAGGAGAGUGAAGGAGGACGCGAUAAAGCACAGCAACGUGGCCUCGAGAUGGGAGAGCGCAGCUACGGCAGAGACGGAAGAAGCAAGCGCGUUUGGCAAGGAGGAAGAGGAGCUGAGUGGGGAGAAGAGCUGGGGAAGAGUAGCCGACAUGUCCAGCAGACAGGCGUCAGAGCUGCGCCAUGGCCUGCAGCUCAUGGACAUGGAACGAGCAGUGAGAGAUUAUCAAAGGGACCCGCGAGCAUCUAACAGGCAUCGACUCGAAAGACUCGAGAAAAUCCUGACAGAUCGUCUCGGGCAUGCGGAUGAUGCGAAGCAGAAUGAAGCGAGUAUCGACAUGCUCAACACGAUCGAGGAUGUGCUGUACGAGAGGAGGAUGCAGAAGAGAAGCGACCGAAGAGGAAGAAGGGAGGAGGAGGUUGAGAGAAGGAGGAGGGGGCGGCGAGCUGGAGAGUCGUAA